CUAUCUACAGCCGGCCUCCGAUCUGCUAGCCGGGCCAUGGCGUGUCUCUAGCCACAGCGCGCUCCGCCGGCAUUCAGCAGCUGCAUUCUCCAAUACCGACUACGCCAGCACAAUUCGAUGCCCACCAACGCCGUCGCAUGUCCGGGCGUGCAACCCAACCGCACACCAACACACGGCACCAGGACAGCAGCAACAGCAGGACCAGCGAGGCUAUCGGGUCCAGCGACAGGACCGCGGAACCAUCGCAAACCACAUCAGCUGCAGCAGCAGCAGCAGCAGCAGCAGCAGCAGCGGGGGGUCCAGCGAACACGAGCGCGCAGCAGCGGCGACGCGGCAGCAGCAGCAAUAGCGGCAGCAGCAGCGGCGGCAGCGGGACAGCAGCAGCAGCAGCGCAAGGGGCCAGGGACCACGGCGGCCAACUCGACGUGGAGGAGCCGCCGCCAAGCCGGGAGGAGUCGGCUGCGCAGCUGACCUCGUCCUCUUCCAGCCGUUCGGAACACUCCAGUCCGCCUCGACCCGCGGCCACCAUGGCCACCGCAACGAGCGACGGCGCCGCCGCUGCCAGGACGUCUGUGGCCAAGGUGCCCACGGACGUGCAGCCCGAGAUCGCACGGCUGGUCCAGACCUUCAGCAGCUACAAGGCCGCGGGCGACUGGGCCGCCAUCGACGGCGCCACGCGGCCGCUGGACGAGGACUGCGUCUACGACUCCCCUUUCAUGUACAUCUCGGGCGGCCGUGACCGGGUGCGGGCGGUUGCCAAGCUGCUGGCGCCGCUGGCCUACACCGAGUUCGAGCCCAAGCUGGUGCGCGUGUGCAUGGACAACACGGGCCGCGAGGCGGAGGUGGAGGUGGACGGCACACUGCGGGUGGUGCCGCGCAAGUACUGGUGGGCCCCGGUCACCUGGUUCCUGCCCUCCUCCGUGCCGGUGGACGGCACCGUCACGGUGCGCGUCAAGUCAUGGAACGACAAGGUGUCGCUGCUCAAGGAGCGCUUUGCCAACAUUCCCACGCCGCCCGUGCUGCUGCGCUGGCUGGCGGGCUGGGGCGCGGGCACCACCGGCGUCAUCAUGGAGCCGCUCAUCUACAAGCUGUACGAGUGGUUCAGCGCCGGCUACAGCAGUGUACAGGGCGGCGUGGACCAGGUCAGUCGUUACCCGGCGGUGGCCAAGGCGGUGGACGCCGCAGACGGCAUGCGGGAGAACCUGGCGGCCACUGCCGACAGCGUCAAGGCCAAGGCGGCGGGCCUCGUGGGCGCGCAGUAAUCUUGGGGCUGUGCUGUUUGGGACGAGGCAUACCGGACACGUCUGCAAAAGGAUAUUGGGUGAUGGAGCGGCCCGGGCGGGUUGCCAGUUGUCAAUCGGUAGCGCGGGCACGUUUACAGUUCUUGGGAGUAGGACUGAAUGCGAGGCGGCCUAGCGGAAUGAGGCGACAGGCGGUUGCAAAGGGACUGCGUGUUCAAUGUCAGGUGGUCCUGCGACGUGAGGUGUGAAGCUUGACAGUUGCAGGGUCGACCAGGGCCUUGCGCAUUGCAAGCGCGCCCAGUUGGUUACUCUGUCACGACUCACGAAGAUGGCGCUGGCCCGAGAAAGCGAGGCCACAAGGGGUAACAGCCCAAGUGUGUCGCUGACGUCAGAUCCAGGCGCGAUCUGGAGUCGAAUGC